CUUUGUUCUUUAUUGAAACCCCCUAUAUUGUUGAGGCCUUUCACUUUUGCCAACUCCUUCACGUUCACUUCCGGAAACUACGGGAUUCACAAGUUUCUCAAGUUUAAUGGAAAAGAAAGAGUCCAAUCCAUUUGGCAGUCAAGAUCAGCAAACUCCAAACAAACCUAUGCUACCACAUUGGUAUACAACUAGGCAGGAUGCUGCGCAGGCUUUUUCAGAAAUGGUACACAGAAGAAACCCAGAUUUCAACAAAUUAUUUGCUGGAAACUCACAGCCUGGUGUAUGUUUAAUUACUGGCGAAUCAAAAAAAUAUGCAAACCAGUCUGCUGCACCGAAAAAUGAUAGGGAUGGAACCUCAAUGAGUGCAGCAAGUCGAAGCAAGAGAUCAACAGAUGGAGAUCAAGAUGACAGUAACAAAGAUUCUCCUUUAAGUAAGAAGCAGAAAUCUAACAUAAUUUCUGAGGAUGAAAAUCCAUCUGGGCUGGCUCAGAAUUUAGGGAAAGUCGUCUCUGAAUCUGAAUAUGAAUCUGAAUAUGACUCUGACACUGAAUUUAGGCAAGAAUACGAAGAGCUAUGUAAAGUGAGGGACACUCUUAAGGAAGAAAAUUCCGUCCUAACACAAAGGCUCGCUAAGCUUUCUGAGAAAUGUCUGGAGCUCACCAAUGAAAACGACUCUCUUGAGGAAGAGCUAGUUAGGAUGUUUGGACCAGAAUCAAUUGCAGAUCUAUUGCACAUGAAGCCUACUUGAAACUUUUGUGGUGGAGCUAAGAAACAGGUUAUGAUAGGAAGCAUAUCAGAAUUAUAGCCAAGAUAUAGUUUAAGAUAGGAAGCAUAUCAGAAUGUAUAAUUUUUUUUAUUUGGCCUGAACUUGAAUUUUGACCCUGCUUUUAAGUUGUUAAUCAAUAUUAGACAUUUAACAUGAUUACAUUUUUAAAUGAA